CGUGGUCGUCACUAUUUGUCGAAAAUAGCAGCACAUACUUUUACUCAAUUUCCUUCAGAAUGUUCCCAGCGACUUUGAAUUUGUGCAUAAGAGUUUGACGAGCAUAAGAAAGACUUGUUCCAAAUCAAGAAAGACGUGAAAAUAUCCUGGGAUCCUCGUCGAUGCGGAUCAAAUCCUGAUUUCUUUCUUGGCCAAGAUCGACUAUAUCCUUUUUUCACAUUCCCAUCCGCCUACAAGAUUUCACACGUUUUGCUCCUUAUGCUGCUACACACAAAAUGUCUUGUUUAUAUUUCGAUAAAUGCACGCGUUGAUGAAACUAUCCCCGUGAUUUUUUCGCCCUAAAGUGUCUUCUGCGUAACCAAUGUGGCCAAUCAUCACCGGUCCAUUUUAAACGAAUGCACCAAGACCUCUCACGUCCGAAGCAAGUGCAGUCUGUCAAUGUUCAAACAAGCUGACAUUUUCUCCAAUUUCGUUUCGAAGUAGGUUUGAAAAAUCGAAUUCAAGUUACAACCGACAUGAUGAAGAGCAGUGCGUGCACAACGAAGAAGGAGAGCAAGAUGCGAAUUCGUGCUUUUCCGACGACUAUGGAUGAAAAGUAUGUGGAAAAUAUCUGGGCUUUAUUGAAAAAUGCUAUCCAGGAAAUUCAGAAAAAGAACAACUCUGGACUUAGCUUUGAGGAGCUUUAUCGCAAUGCAUACACAAUGGUUCUCCACAAGUAUGGGGAGCGUCUUUACACCGGGUUGAAAGAAGUCGUCACACAACAUCUGGAGAACAAAGUUCGGGAGGAUGUUCUAAAUUCGCUUCACAACAAUUUCCUGCAGACUUUAAAUCAGGCGUGGAACGAUCAUCAAACUUCGAUGGUCAUGAUUAGGGACAUCCUGAUGUACAUGGACCGAGUUUAUGUUCAGCAGAAUAACGUUGAUAACGUUUACAACUUAGGACUGAUCAUAUUCCGAGAUCAAGUUGUGAGAUACGGCUGUGUACGGGACCACCUAAGAGAAACUUUACUGGACAUGGUGGCUCGCGAACGAAGAGGCGAAGUCGUUGAUCGCAUAGCGAUUAAAAACGCGUGCCAAAUGCUGAUGCUACUUGGCAUAAACAAUCGUCUCGUCUACGAAGAAGACUUUGAGAGGCCCUUUUUGCAACAGAGUAUAGACUUUUAUAGGAUGGAAUCGCAAAAGUUCCUAGCUGAAAAUAGCGCAUCAGUGUACAUAAAGAAAGUCGAAGCAAGAAUUAGUGAGGAAUCCGAUAGAGCUAAACACUACCUGGAUGAAUCAACCGAGCCACGAAUAGUUGAAGUUGUAGAAGAGGAACUGAUUAAGAUUCAUAUGAAAACGAUUGUCGAGAUGGAGAAUAGUGGAGUCGUGCACAUGCUCCAAAAUCAAAAGACGGAAGAUCUAAACUGUAUGUAUAAAUUGUUCUCCAGAGUGACAGAUGGACUGCGUACAGUCUGCGACUGCGUUUCUCAGUUUCUUCGUGAGAGAGGUCGAACUUUGGUCCAAGAGGAUCAGGAAUCGACCACAAAUGCUGUUUCUUUCGUACAAAACUUGUUGACUCUAAAAGACAGAUUCGAGCAUUUUCUGCAUUAUUCUUUUAACAACGAUAAACUCUUCAAACACAUGAUUGCAGCAGAUUUCGAACAUUUUUUGAACCUCAAUCCCAAGAGUCCCGAGUAUCUUUCGCUCUUCAUUGACGAUAAACUGAAGAAAGGAGUCAAGGGAAUGACUGAGCAAGAAAUCGAAGGCAUCCUUGACAAGUCAAUGGUCUUGUUCAGAUUCCUGCAAGAAAAGGAUGUAUUUGAGCGAUACUAUAAGCAACAUUUAGCCAAAAGACUUUUGCUGAACAAGUCCGUGUCUGACGACAGCGAAAAGAAUAUGAUAUCUAAACUCAAGACUGAAUGCGGAUGCCAGUUUACGUCGAAAUUGGAGGGUAUGUUUAAAGAUAUCACGCUGAGCAAUACUAUUAUGGAUGAAUUUAAGGAACACGUAAAUAGUGCUGGGACGAAUUUGCACGGUGUGGAUUUAAGUGUUCGAGUUUUAACCACCGGCUUUUGGCCAACGCAAUCUGCUACUCCGAAAUGUAGCAUCCCUCAAGCACCACGAGAUGCCUUUGAUGCCUUCCGUCGUUUUUACCUAAAUAAACAUAGUGGACGUCAGUUAACUUUACAACCACAAUUGGGCUCUGCGGAUCUCAAUGCCACUUUUUAUGGACAAAGGAGAGAAGAAACGAGUGGACCGAGUGGCGUAGAUGCACCCAUCUCAUCGAGUUCAGUUUCGACCAACGGAAAUUCUAGCAGCAACACUAGUGCGAAUGUUUUGAGCCAAACAAAGUCCAGCGGAAGUGCAGGCGUCAGAAAACAUAUAAUUCAGGUUUCCACUUAUCAGAUGUGUGUGCUGAUGCUUUUCAAUAAUAGAGAAAGGCUCACGUAUGAGGAAAUUCAAAGCGAAACUGACAUCCCUGAGAGAGAUUUGAUAAGAGCCCUGCAAUCCCUUGCAAUGGGGAAAGCAACUCAACGUGUUCUUUUGAAAAAUCCACGAACAAAAGAAAUUGAACCAACCCAUCAAUUUGUAGUCAACGAUAGUUUCACAAGCAAAUUGCACAGAGUAAAAAUACAAACUGUAGCUGCGAAAGGCGAAUGUGAGCCUGAAAGAAAAGAAACGAGAAAUAAGGUUGAUGAGGAUAGAAAACAUGAAAUAGAAGCUGCAAUCGUGCGUAUCAUGAAGGCCCGCAAACGCAUGGCUCAUAAUAUUCUCGUCACCGAAGUAACACAACAACUGCGUGCUCGAUUUUUGCCUUCUCCCGUCAUAAUAAAGAAGCGCAUUGAAGGUUUAAUCGAACGCGAAUAUCUUGCUCGGACGCAAGAAGAUAGAAAGAUUUACACGUACGUCGCCUAAGCACAUUUCUACGGAUUUGUACAAACGUGUAAGUGUUCUGCCAUGACGCGCCCUGAAUUUCACUACAUAUUGGUAUUUGCAUUUCGAAUUAGAAAACUUGAUUGAUCUCUGUUGGUUUUUUUACUUUGCCUCAGGGGUGUACGAAACGCAUGUAACUAUUUAACUCAUAAGAAAAAGAAUAGAUUAAUACAUAGUAAGCAGUAUUUAAAUCUCUUUCAUUGACUGGAGACGAAGCUGGAACGUUACGACUGUAGCCUUUAUUUAAAAGCAUAUUCCUAUUUGAAGUCAAAGGGAAGCUCGCGUUUUUAUCGACUGACUGUAUGCAAGUUUAGAAAGCUUUCCAAACCGAGCCUAGAUUAAAUACCACCCCUCAGUUAUUAUUUUAUGUUCUCUUUUUUUUAAACUAAACUGUUUAAACUUGGUGUUGUUUUAUGUUCCUAGCAGAUGAUUUCAACUUGGGAAAUUUCAUCUGCAGAUUUAGGUGUAGAGUUUGCAAUCACCUAUCAGAGGAUUUUUAUGUUUUGUAAAGUUGAGAAUAUAACUGUUUUCUUUUUUCAAUUUGUGUUUUCAUUCAAGAGAAAUAUAACUUUUCACUGUCAAAUAGUCGGCAGCUUUUUGAAAUCCCUUUGCUUCGAUUGUAUUUGACAAACAAUUUGCCUAAUUUGAUUGAGAAAUAAGAAAUUGUGUACUUUCAGAAACUACCAGGUUUGGACUGAAUUAAUCCUGAUCCACAUCAUGCGUUACAUUAAGAUUUAAAAAUAAAUUCAUCAGUGAAAUUAAAUUAUUAUAAUCCAAAUAUAUACUUUCUGCAUGUAUCGUCUUUUGAUACUUUCUUUUUCGUGUAGGCUGCUAUUUUUCUCGUUUUUCUUUGUUUCCAUCUUGGCAAUUCUCUCAAUACUGUGAGUUUCCAGUUGCAGAAAAAUAAUCCAAGAUGUAUACAGUCCGUGGGACUCGAAGAAAAUAGUUCUAAGGAUAAGUGUUGUAAGAUAUAGCAAGAGUGUUGUAAAAAAAUACAUUGAUUGAUGAUGAUCGGUCGAUAAGAAAAUAUAAAAGGUCAUUGUCAAAGCAGUUUCUUCGAUUAUAAAUCCUAUAUAGGCAAGUCAGUCCUUGAUGGCUGAUUGCAAACUCUUACUUGCAUAUUAAAAAUUUAAAUUCUCUGAAACAUUAUGGUUUUACAAUUAUAUAAUUUGUUUGUUAACUAAACAUCUUUCUCAGCUAGGCACGAGUGUAUAAAAGUAUAAUAAAAACAUUCAUUUUAAAUUUCGAGUUAAUUUGCGGAUUAUGAGUGCUUUCAUCGACCAUCAAGGACAGUCUAGUAAAUCUCGAAAUGCAUCGGUAAAUUUGUUAUUUAUUGAUAUAUUACGACUGCCAAAUAAGUAAAAUUAAUAUUAAAAUUGAUGUAGCGUUCGAGACAAAGAUGUAUUAUAGAGAAAGGUUCAGGUAUAGUGACCGAUAUUUGGAAAAUACAGUAGAUUAGAUUAUUAUGAGUUACAUUUUUGAAACUAUAUAAUAUGUAGAUUGAAAUAAUACACUGCAUUUCUUUUCGUAAUGAAGUUUUGGAUUUGAAAAUAAAAAUCCCGAGCAAAAUUUUUAUUUUAAAUAAGUCUAAGAUUACGAUUUUUAAAACAAAGUAUUUUUCAAAAAUUGUUAAAUAUCCUUGCAAGAUGAAGAUAAAGAUGGUUUAGAAAAUCGAAAUGGGCUAAAUCGGAAUUUCAAGAAAAUGUUCUCUUUUUAAUUCUAAUCAUCUACUGAGUAAUUUAGCAUAACGUCACUGUUUUACUUGUACGUUUAGAAUUUUUUUUUCUCCAAAAAGUCGUAUACAUUCACAUGUAAAUAUGUACCAACUAUGCUAAGCUUCCUGACAUUUACACCUAUCCUAUCGUGACGGCAUGCUAAAAUACUCAGCCCCUCUGUCGAAAAAAAGUGGUGUAAAUAUAUUUAACAUACAUUGUUGUCGAAAGCCUGCUUGCUUGCAACACUGUGUGAAUAUUACUUUUAGUGGCUAUUUUCAGUUUGUUUAUCUAUUAAUAAAGAUUACGACUUUUCUGCACCAU